AAUUACUUUGGAAUAGUUUUGUGAACUUCCCAAGAUGGGGGGUCAACAAAUCUUUUGGUCCUCCAUAGGACUUGUUUUAAUUUCGUCCUGCUACAUCAUGGCCUGCGACGAGAAAGGACUUUGCUUGCUGGAAGUACUGAAAGAAAUGAAAGAAUCAAAGAAAGCAGAGUUGGCUUCGUUACUGAAGCCACUUCUUGCUACAAAAUUGCUCGAAAAAGAAAAGAAGGCUUGUUGUAAGGAGCUGCCGCCGCCACCUCCUCCUACAAUAAUGCUGAUGCCUGCACCUCCGCCGCCAUGCGCUGCACCUGCCCCACCGUGUGCACCAGCCCUACCACCGAUACUACUAGCGCCUCCUCCUCUUGCGCCGGCCUGUCUACCACCACCACCUCCACCUGCUCCUGCUCCACUCUGCUUACCUGCUCCUCCUCCAGCUCCGAUAUAUAUAACUGCGCCUCCGCCAGCUCCAGCUUGCUUACCAGCACCUCCUGCACCAUUGAUGCUGCCAGCGCCACCACCGUCACUGAUGUUGCCGCCACCACCACCAGCGCCCAUGUAUCUUCCAGCUCCUCCGCCAGCCCCUCUUUGUCUGCCUCCAGCACCGGCAGCUGCUCCUGCUCCUCUAGUUAUAUCGCUGGUUCCACCGCCCCCACCGCCUCCCCCACCGUCCUGUCUUCCUCCCCCUCCUCCUUCUCCUCCAGGGUACCCUAUGACGGCCUACAUGGUCGCCCCACCGGUACCCAUUACCUUGGAGCCAAAACCUCUGGAACUGCCGCCUCCGUGCCCGUGUUCCUACAAGAAAUAUUAUUAAUCUAUUCACAAUAAUGUUCUAGUUUAGUUUUAUUUAUUUCCCGUUUACAUAAAUAAACCCA